AUGCGCAAUAGCACUGCUCUGUUUGAGGAUAUAUGUGGGCUUAUUAUAAGGAAUGAAAAUAAAGAUGAGUCACUAAAGAGGCUGCGGACUAUUCUAUCUGAGAGUGAAGAGUGCAAAUCCAGAAUGGCUGAGCAGUUUGGCAUUUUAACCGUAUUUCUUAAGGACAUUUCAUCUGUGUAUGAGUAUUUGGCUUUGGAGAGAACUACUAUACCAGAGAACAUAUACACAAUUCUAGAGAUCAUCACUCUGUUGACAGACAUAGAUAGCUUUAUAUUGUAUGCAAUUGACUCUAAUUUACUCUUAUUUCUGUAUCCAAUAAUCAAUUCAUCAAUUAGGAACGAAGAGAUUGAAGAGCUCAAGUACAUCACAUUCCAGAUCAUCAAGUGCAUCCUUAAGAAAAACAAGAUUGAGAAUCUGAUUGAGUUCUUCAAGAACACAGAGUUAGUACCGCUUUGUCUGAGAAACAUGGAGCUGGGCCGAAAGAAAACAAAAAUAGAAGCAAGUGAGGUCUUCUAUCUUAUUAUUUCUGUUCAAGACGGCCUAGAGUACUCGUGCCAAACAUACGAUCGAUUUAUGGCGAUCUCCAUGAUUCUUAACUCUGUGCUUGUGCAAAUGGAAACAAUCCAGUCCCCAAGACUUCUAGAGCUAACUAUAAAGAUAUACACAAAGCUAUGCAAUAUGCCAAAUGCAAAAAUAGCCUUCAAUAAAAACAGGCCGCACAUGCUAUACACAGAAAGCAUUCGCGAAUUAGUCAGGACACACCCGAAUGUUAAGGCUGCAUAUGACGAGUUUUUGAGCAUACUUCAAAACUAG